GCAGCGAUUACGUGUAUGACGGAGAGAAUUAUAAUCAGGCAUUUUGCAGGCCACGCGGCGGUUGGGGUCCUUGACUGUUGGCUAAAUCCAAAUAACCUUAUGUCAGAAGAAGUGGAGUUUGUGUGGACGAGAGCUCAGUGUUCAGUAUAAAGAAUGGCAGGCCCAACGUAAUACCUGGACUACAAAGCUGAGCUCCACCAGCAGUUGGUGGAUGUACAAUACAACCAGCCUUCAAUUUUUGUUUAUCUGUUUUGAAACUUGUCCACCUCCAGCAACUACAAAGUGACAAUGUACUGCCUCCAGUGGUUACUUCCGGUCCUGCUGAUCCCAAAGCCACUGAACCCAGCUCUGUGGUUCAACCAUUCUAUGUUCAUGGGUUUCUACUUGCUUAGCUUCCUGUUGGAAAGGAAGCCAUGCACCAUUUGUGCCUUAGUGUUCCUCGCAGCAUUGUUUCUCAUCUGCUACAGCUGCUGGGGGAAUUGCUUCCUUUACCACUGCCAUGACUCUCCACUGCCAGACUCUGCACAUGAUCCCAGCAUUGUGGGCACCUAGACUCCAGGUUUUCAAGAAAUCCCAAAUGCUUCUUGGACAAAUCUUGGACAAAGUCUGACUGUGAACGAAUAAAUAUCUAAUGAGAAAUGCUGAGAAGUUUGCAGAGAUGAGAGCCUCACUGAAGUCAUACUUUAAUUAAUCACAAGCUAACCUCUUGCUGUUACUUUGUUUUCCAUCCAAGAGAUUAUAAAUCUUGGACCAUGGGUUGCUUAUAGGGCUCUUCUGUUUUAAUCUUUCAUCCCAACUUUCCUUUAUUUUCCUGGAUACUGAAAGUUUCUGUAAGCAUGUAUGAGAUUUAUCAUAAACCUAUCUGUUCUUGUGUCAAUCAGUUUAAGUCCCAGGGUCUGAGGUGACUUCAGUGGUGGUGAAUGUCCAAACUGAGCUUUCUAGAGCUCAAAAGUAUUUAAAGUAAAGAGCUGUACUUUUGUGCAGUUCAGUUUGUUCAAAUGCUGUCACAGCUUUUAAUUCAAUAAAGUUCAUAAUGCACAAAA